UCAAAAAGCAACUAUAUGACUUGUUUUAGAAGCCGAACUAGUGCGAGAGUGAAGAUGAAGAGAUCCAAAGGCGGUGGUGACGAGGAAGCUCCCCGGCAUAAUGGCUCAGCGGGCCGAAGGAAAGCAGACCAGCAGCAAAGCGACGGGGACGAGGGUGGCAGUGACAUCGGCCCAGCCGACCUGCAAGACGACGACAAUGACCAGGGCCUGAGGAGAGAAAUAAGGAGCAAAUACAGAGACCUCAUCAGCUCAGUACAACAGAACAGGGAAGAUAUGCUGAGCCCUUCAAACAACAAACUAACAGAGGUUUUAGAGGAAGCAAACAAACUUUUUAAAGAUGUUCGACAAGCGAGAGAAGCAGCCCUGGAUGCACAGCUCCUUGUUGUGGCUACAGACCUGGGGAAGGAGAAAGCCAGCCAGCUGUUCUCCGAGGGAACCGCUUUCGAUCCCACUGCUUUUGCUGAGCAUCUUUUGUCUUUCAUGGGUCUGAACCGACUAGAAGAUGAUGAAGACGAGCAGCAGAACACCGCUAAUGGCUACCUGCCACAGGACGCCUGGCACCGAUUGGCCAGGAGAGCAGAGUGCUGCUUUAGGACAGCACCCUCUUUCCACUACAUGAUGGGCUCGUUCUAUGCAGAACCACCUCCCCCAAAACAAAGGAUAGAACGGCAAAGAAAAGCACCCAGCAAAGAAGCCAAAAGGAUAAUGCCUACUCAGCUGAAGAAAAUGGAAGAGUCGCAACAAGAAGCGACAGAAAAAGAAGUGGAAAGGAUUCUGGGGUACCUGAAGAGUUAUUACCAAGAUGAUCCAACCUCACCAAUAUCAUAUUACGAGUUCGUCAUUGACCCCAGCUCCUUUUCCCGGACAGUGGAGAACAUCUUUCACACUUCUUUUCUGAUCAGAGAUGGACUGGCAAGAAUGUAUCUUGAUGAAGAGAAAUUGCCAUGUAUAGCUCCUGUAGAGGAGGGGGAGGUGGAAGCCGGAGGUUCCACCAGCCGUAAGCAGUGUAUCCUCUCUAUCAGCCCAAAGAUAUGGAAGGAGCUCAUAGAUGCCUUCGACAUCAAAGAUUCAAUUAUUCGGCCUCCAAACACACAGAAUGACUGACAGACUACACCAUCUUCCCCACUGAAAAACCUAAACAUUGUUCUUAAACGUUUUACUUAAUAAAAUUCAAGUGAUGUGUUACAGUUUUAUCAGUUGAGGUCAAUGUAUAAUAAUCGUUCUAUUGCACAUUUGUUUAUUUUUUACUGUGUUUUAAGUUUGAAUAAUAAAAAAGAAAUGAAUAAAA